AGAAGAGGGUUUUUCUGUGCUUGUCUGGUUGGGACAGAGCAGGCGACUGUCCAUCCUGAACACCCAGAGAGGCUUGUUUCUGUCAUAACCUGCUCCUGCUUUUUUUUUAUUUAAUUUAAUUUCAUUUUUAGUUUAUUUUUAAAACUUGAAAAAAAAUCUCUCAUUUUGAUUUUGCUCAACAUAAGUAGCUUAAGUUGGAGCUCAGCGGACUUAGCCCUUGUGUGUGUGUGUGUGUGAGAGAGAGUGUGUGAUUGUGGGGCUGCAUAUGCUUUAGUGAGUCACUGCAGCAGCAACAGACUGCACGCUGCUGUUGCUGUUGCUGCUGCUGCUGUGAGACGAAAACAAGCUCAGCUCAGAACAGCGGUCCGCUCAAGCUGUGUGUGUGUGAUCAUUGACAGUGCUCAAUACACACAUGCUUGCCUGAUAAGCCGGACCUCGGAGCCUCUCCCGGGACUAACGGACUGACUGCUGUGUUAUUGUCACUGGAUAUAUUGUGGUCUUUGCAGCUGAGCCAUUGUCACACAUCAAACCAACAGGAAGAGUUUGCACAGUUGCCCCCAGCUUGUCUGCAGCCCUCUUCUGCCCCCGACAGUCCUCUGCCCCAGCAUGAAUGAAGUGAGUGUCGUGAGAGAGGGAUGGCUCCACAAGAGAGGUGAAUACAUUAAAACCUGGCGGCCUCGUUACUUCAUCCUAAAGAGCGAUGGCUCCUUCAUUGGCUACAAGGAGAAGCCUGAGGUGUCCAGCGACCACAGCCUUCCACCACUCAACAAUUUCUCUGUCGCGGAGUGUCAGUUGAUGAAGACGGAGCGUCCCAGGCCCAACACGUUCGUCAUCCGCUGCCUCCAGUGGACCUCGGUUAUCGAGCGCACUUUUCACGUGGACAGCAGCGAGGAAAGGGAGGAAUGGAUGCGAUCGAUCCAGACGGUGGCAAACAGCCUGAAGAGUCAGCAGCAGGACGAGGAGCCCAUGGAGAUCAAAUUUGGCUCCCCGAGCGACAACAGUGGCACAGAGGAGAUGGAGAUCGCCGUGUCCAAAUCUCACACAAAAGUGACCAUGAGCGACUUUGACUACCUGAAGCUGCUCGGCAAAGGGACGUUUGGCAAAGUCAUCCUGGUAAAGGAGAAGGCCACGGGGAUGUACUACGCAAUGAAAAUCCUCCGUAAAGAAGUCAUCAUCGCUAAAGACGAGGUGGCACACACCGUCACAGAGAGCAGAGUUCUCCAAAACACCCGGCACCCGUUUCUAACAACACUAAAGUAUGCAUUUCAAACACACGACCGCCUCUGCUUCGUCAUGGAGUAUGCAAACGGAGGAGAGCUCUUCUUUCACUUAUCACGGGACCGAGUGUUUACAGAAGACAGAGCGCGAUUCUACGGUGCAGAAAUAGUGUCAGCACUGGAGUACUUACACUCCCGCAACGUUGUUUACAGGGAUUUGAAGCUGGAGAACCUCAUGUUAGACAAGGACGGCCACAUAAAGAUCACAGACUUUGGAUUAUGUAAAGAGGGAAUCACAGAUGGCGCCACCAUGAAGACCUUCUGUGGAACCCCAGAGUACCUGGCACCGGAGGUGUUGGAGGACAAUGAUUACGGCCGAGCAGUGGACUGGUGGGGGCUGGGCGUGGUCAUGUAUGAAAUGAUGUGUGGCCGGUUGCCCUUCUACAACCAGGACCACGAGCGUCUCUUCGAGCUCAUCCUCAUGGAGGAAAUCCGGUUCCCCAAGAACCUAGCUCCUGACGCUAAGGCCCUGUUAGCCGGCCUGCUCAAAAAGGACCCUAAACAGCGGCUCGGGGGUGGAGCAGACGACGCCAAAGAAGUGAUGAGCCACAAGUUUUUCGCGUCCAUCAACUGGCAGGAUGUGACUGAGAAAAAGCUCGUUCCGCCCUUUAAGCCCCAGGUCACGUCGGAGACGGACACGCGGUACUUUGACGAUGAGUUCACAGCACAAACCAUCACGAUAACGCCACCGGAUAAGUAUGACAGUUUAGACGGAGAGGACUCCGAUCAGCGCACGCACUUCCCGCAGUUCUCUUACUCUGCCAGCAUACGGGAAUGAUUACUCAGACUCUUAAAACAAGCAGGCAGGCUACUACCACAACACUCCCAAUCGCACACACACACAAACACGCACACACGCACGACUCUCUCACACUGCUGGGAAGUCGGAACGACAUCAACUCAAAGUGGCACAAGACACAUUUUCCCAACCGAUGCACACAUGCACGCCCCCUCCCUUCUCUCUCUCUCUCACACACACACACACACCCACAUGCGUCAGACAGGACAUGGAUGGAGG